AUGACUAAAACUCAACCACAACUUAUCGAACGUCGACUUGGAUCUAACGUUUCGAUUUCGAGUUCUUUUCGAGGGGUUCGAAAGCAGAGUUGGGGUCGCUAUGUAUCUGAGAUACGGUUACCAGGGAAGAAGACACGUGUGUGGCUUGGCUCCUUCGCCUCCCCAAAGAUGGUCGCACGAGCCUACGACUCGGCAGCUGUAUUUUUGAGAGGCACCUCUGCCUUGCUCAACUUCCCUGACUCUGUCGGCUCGCUCCAACAACCGGAGUCAUGCUCGAGAGAACAUAUUCAAUCGGCAGCGGCAAAGGCAGCAGCGCAAAUGAGAGAGAUGGAGGUUGGAGAGAGAAGGGCGAGCAACGGAUUGAGUCGGACCAUGUUUGAGGAGAUGAAGGAAGUGCCAUUGUUGAGUCCAUUGAGGUUGGCUUGGCUUGGGAUUGGACCAGCCUCGGACGAAGAAGACAAUUUGUUAUUACCCGACUAUUUCUAA